UUCGAGCAGACAAAGAUGGCGGUACGGAAGAAAGACGGCGGCCCGAAUGUAAAAUAUUUCGAAGCGUCUGAUACCGUCUCGCAGUUCGACAAUGUCCGGGUUUGGCUGGGCAAGAAUUAUAAAAAGUAUAUUCAAGCAGAGCCCCCCACCAAUAAAUCUUUGUCAAGUCUGGUGGUUCAGCUGCUUCAAUUUCAGGAGGAAGUGUUUGGCCGGCAUGUCAGCAACCCUCCCCUCACUAAACUACCGAUGAAGUGUUUUUUGGAUUUCAAAUCUGGAGGAGCUCUGUGUCAUAUUCUGGCUGCUGCCUACAAGUUCAAGAGUGAUCAAGGAUGGAGGCGAUUUGACUUCCAGAAUCCUUCGAGAAUGGACCGCAAUGUUGAAAUGUUCAUGACUAUAGAAAAGUCUUUGGUACAGAAUAACUGUUUGUCCCGACCUGUAAUUUACCUGAGUUCAGAGAUAGAGCCCAAGCUACUGGGAAAACUGAAGGACAUCAUCAAACGACACCAGGGGUCUGUGACUGAAGAUAAGCUGUCCAGCUCUCAUGUAGUGGUGCCUAUUCCUGCUAGUCUGGAGGACGAAGAGUGGGUUCGUCCUGUAAUGAAGAGAGACAAACAGAUGCUGCUACACUGGGGCUACUGGCCUGAUAGUUAUGACACAUGGAUCUCAGCCAGUGAGGUGGAGGCUGCUGUGGAGGAUCCGCCCACUGCUGAGAAACCCAGGAAGGUCCAUGCCAAGUGGAUUCUGGACCUAGAUCAGUUUAACGAGUGGAUGAAUGAGGAAGACUAUGAGGUGGGAGAAGGAGGACCGAGGAGGAAGAGAAUUUCAGCAAAGACCCUCACAGAUGAAGUGAGCGCUCCAGAUGAAAGGAGGGAUAAAAAACCCAGCAGUGCCAAAAAAAGGAAGCGCUCCCCAUCUCCAUCUCCUACCCCUCCCCCACAAGAAAGCAAGAAGAAAAACACCAAGAAAGGGCCCACUACUCCCUACACUAAGUCCAAACGAGGACAGAGAGAGGAAGAACAGGAAGAUUUGACGAAAGAUUUAGAUGAACCCUCACCUGUGCCUGCAGUGGAGGAAGCAACACUACCUAAAACAGUGACUAAGAAGGACUCAGAUUCUACUCCAGUGAAAGGAGGCACUAUGACUGACCUGGAUGAGCAAGAGGAUGAAUCAAUGGAGACUGUAGGGAAGGAAGAAGAAGAAGGUUCUCCGAGUGUGAAAGGAGAACCGGUGAAGGGUUCGGACCUUCAUGAGGAUAAUGUGACUGAACAGACCCAUCAUAUCAUUAUCCCUAGCUAUGCUGCUUGGUUUGACUAUAACAGUGUUCAUGCAAUAGAGCGCAGAGCACUGCCUGAGUUUUUCAAUGGGAAAAACAAGUCAAAGACUCCUGAAAUUUAUCUGGCAUAUCGCAACUUCAUGAUCGACACAUACAGACUGAACCCACAGGAGUAUUUGACCUCCACAGCCUGUCGUAGGAACCUGGCUGGAGAUGUUUGUGCCAUUAUGAGGGUCCAUGCAUUCCUGGAACAGUGGGGCUUGAUUAACUAUCAGGUGGAUUCAGAGAGUCGGCCCACUCCCAUGGGGCCUCCACCCACCUCACACUUUCAUGUGCUGGCAGAUACUCCAUCAAGUCUGGUACCACUACAGCCUAAAGCAUCCCAGACUUCAUCCUCUCAACAGAUACUGUCAUUCCCAGACAAAGUAAAGGACAAACCAGCUGACUUGCAGAACUUUGGGUUGAGGACAGAUGUGUACAGUAAGAAGAGCGGCCCAACUAAAACUAAAAAUGCUGCCAGUGCCACUCGGGAAUGGACAGACCAGGAGACGCUGCUACUGCUGGAGGGUCUAGAGAUGUAUAAAGAUGACUGGAAUAAAGUAUCGGAGCACGUGGGAAGCCGCACUCAGGAUGAGUGCAUCCUCCACUUCCUGCGUCUACCGAUCGAAGACCCCUACCUGGAGGACAGCUCCUCCUCCCUGGGCCCGCUGGCCUAUCAGCCAGUUCCAUUCAGUCAGGCGGGGAAUCCUGUCAUGAGUACUGUGGCAUUCCUGGCCUCUGUGGUUGACCCUCGAGUGGCCUCUGCUGCAGCUAAAUCAGCGCUUGAGGAGUUCUCUCGAAUGAAGGAGGAGGUCCCAGCUGCUUUGGUGGAGGCACAUGUGCGUCGAGUGGAGGAAGCGGCCAGAGCAAGUGGGAGGCCAGACCCUCUCUACGGCCUGGAGGGCAGUGGCAUCGCAGGAACCGGCCUUGAAGAUUCUGACAAACCCUCUGAGGAUGGAAGUGAAGAGAAUAAGAGCAGUGAUGGUCAGUCUAGCCAAGAAAAAAGAGAUAAUAAGGAGAGCAAAGAUGGAGCCAGUGAGGAGGAAGAAAAACAAGGAGAGAACGGCAAGAAAGAGGAAGAGAGAGUGAGAGAAGGGGACACAGAGAGAGAGACGGAGAAAACAGACUCAGAAAUGGUCGAUGGCGAGAAGGAGAAAGAACGGAAGGAGGGAUCAGAAGAGGGUCAGAGGGAUGGAGAGAGUGAGGGAGAGAAGAAAGCAAAGGUGGAGAGAGAUGUAGGAGAGGGAAACUUGGCCACCGCCGCUGCUUCUGCACUCGCUGCUGCUGCCGUGAAAGCUAAGCACUUGGCAGCAGUAGAGGAAAGGAAGAUCAAGUCUCUGGUGGCUCUGCUGGUAGAGACCCAGAUGAAGAAACUGGAGAUCAAACUCAGACACUUCGAAGAGCUGGAGACCAUCAUGGACAGAGAGAGAGAGGCACUGGAGUAUCAGAGGCAGCAGCUUCUUGCUGAUCGUCAGUCGUUUCAUAUGGAGCAGUUGAAGUAUGCAGAGAUGAGAGCCCGACAGCAACACUUCCAGCAGAUCCAACACCAGCACCAUAGCAACCAGCCUGCCAGUCAGUCUGUCAGUACUCCAUCUGUACCCCCCCAGCCUGUCGCCAACGCCUCUGCCCCGCCCCCAACACAAAGCCCCGCCUCCGUGAGCACCCCUAAUGCCCACAGUGAAGCUCCUCCACCUGCAUCUCACAGUUCUCCCCCCACCAACGCACAGACUGGAUCAGCGCAUGAAUCCAGCACUCCACUACCAGGGGAUUCUCUCUAUCCAAACGCCCCUGUGCCUCCAACACAGUAAAAGAAAUGGUGAGAUUUAAAGGGGAUCAAUGAUUCCAGAGAAGAAAAUGAAGGAGAUUAGAUAGAAAGCAAAAGAUACAGAGAUAAAGGGAGCGAUAUCUUCUUUUUUGUCACUUGCAUCAUUUUUGGGAGAAAAUGAUAUAAAUGAAUUCUUGCCAGCAUCUUGAACAUGACAUGAUUCAAAAUAAAUAGCUAAAGCUAAACAAAGAUAACCUUUAAAGGGACUGACAAAUAAAACCGAAAAAAAAGACCUUUGGUUUGGACUUUUGGAAAGGUCUUAAACCCAAAUCCCUGUUAAUACCCAACAAAAGCACUCUUGACCCAAACAGCCUGCAUCCAAGUACCAGGCACAAGGCUCAAUAUACCCUUGUCCGUCCUCCAUUUUCAGUAACAUCUCUUAACUUUGAGCCGAACUACAGGAUCCAGGAUACCUGUGAUCUACACUCCAGAAGCAUCUCAAUGUACUUUAGGUACUCAAAUGGAAACAUACAAAAGAAAACCAAGAACAAAUUGCACUUUUAGAAUGUUUCCUGAAUCUUACUUUUUGGAGGGAUGAAGCAUAAAGUCAAAAUUAGCCCUGACUUAAUGUUUUCUUUUAACAACAUUCUUUUUAUCACUUAAUCUUUGUAUUUGUUUCAUAGAAGCACUCGAUUUGGAGUAAGUCCGAAGAGAAACUUGACUUUGUUAUCGUUACUUUGUAUGCGUGCGUGUGAAUGUCGGUUUUGCUUUUGGGACAAUGUGAAAGCUUCAGUGGUUUGGCCUGUUUUUAUGUCUAAUUAGAUUUUAGCAUGAUAAAAAAAGAGACAACAAAUUAGUAUUAAAUCUGUUUACUUUGUCUCUGACAACAUGUACUGUAAACCUGGAAAUCAUGUCAUCAGUAAUUGAUGUUUGCAUGUUAUCUUUUGGGUAUGUGUGCACGUCAUUGCCACAAAAUAUCAUAAGGUGAAAGUAGCUGUUUCAUUCUCAUCUCAUUGCAAUGCUUAUGAGAAUACUUAAAUAUUGGAGUGUAUGAUUAAACGACGAUGAAAAAAUAAUGGGAAACGCAGCAAGGAAUCAUAUUGGUUCCUUAACUCAAUUAGAGUUGAAUCAGUCAUUUUAGUGAGAUCACAUGUGACCCUGGACCACAAAACCAGUCUCAAGUCGCUGGGGUAUAUUUGUAGCAAUAGCCAAAAAUACAUUGUAUGGGUCAAAAUAAUCCAAAAAAUCAUUAGAAUAUUAAGUAAAGAUCAUGUUCCAUGAAGGUAUUUUGUAAAUUUCUUAGCGUAAACUUCAUUUUUGAUUAGUAAUAUGCAUUGCUAAGAACUUAAUUUGGACAACUUUAAAGGCGAUUUUCUCAAUAUUUUGAUUUUUUUUGCACCCUCAGAUUCCAGAUUUUCAAAUAGUUGUAUCUCCUAUCCUAACAAACCAUACAUCAAUGGAAAGCUUAUUUAUUCAGAUUUCAGAUGAUGUAUAAAUCUCAGUUUUGAAAAAUUGACACUUGAGACUGGUUUUGUGGUCCAGGGUCACAUAUCGCACAUUUUAGUAAUCAGUGUUCAUGCCAGAACUGAUGUUUCAGUUCAGAUUGUUAACCCUUGUGUGUCAGUUUUAAAAAUAUUAUAGUAAUAUUUUUCUGCUUUGACUGACAUUGAUCAUUUCCCAGCAUCUGUCCUGAUCAUUUUCAGGAUUUUAACCCUUAGAAUGCUAGUUUGUUUACAUAAUGCCAUUGGUGUUCAUGAAAAAAUAUAUUUUACUAAACGUAUGAUAUUGAUUAUUACAGUAUUGAAUCAGGAUUGUUAUGUUUACUAAAACUAAAAUCAUUUGAAAUCAGUUGAAAUCAAAUAAACCUCAACUAAAAUUAAAUAAAAUACAAUCCAGAAUUUGAUGCUUAAUGGCACUGGGAUUAAAUAUUGCUGUUUUAAUGGGUUUCAAUGGGAACAUUUUUGUUUUUAAGGUCCUGAGUGUAACUCAUUUUUAUUCCUAGAGUAAAAUGUAUUUCUGGGUAAAAUAUUACAAUUCCAAUAAAAAUACACAUUUUUGACAUAUUUCAACAUUUACGCUGUUUGCAUUAACACAGCCUAAAUGAUCAAAAAAAAAAAAUCACGUUAAAGACAAAAAUGUCUUUAAGGACACACAAGGGUUAAAGAAUGUGUUGUGUAUAUGUGUAUAUGUGUGUGUGUGUGUGUGUGUGUGUGUGUGUGUGUAUGGGUGUUUUAGUAACAGGCCAAACCCACAGAAAGUAUUAACGAUAUGAAGGAAAACCGUUUUGUUUUACAAAUUAGUGGCAACUACCUGAGUAGAGACAAGGGAUUUUAAAGUUACGUUUGCAGCUGUGGUCUGUGUAUCUCAUAUCUUCAUAUUGUAACUGUCCUAUUUUUGUAUUUUUAUAUGUUUCUUUACACUAUUACGAAUGAUGUAAUGCUGUUAUCAUAUUAUACAUGUCUGUAAUGUUUCCUUCUCUUUCUGACUGUGGAUGUUGUCGUAUUAUUGACAUGUUCAUGUGAAAGUGUCAGUCGCUUUAUACGAUGAAGCUGGACUCUUUGUGUGUGUGUGGGUGUGUGUGGGUGGGUGUGGUGUGGUGUGCAUGCACUCUUUUGAUUUGCCACACAUCAUUUUGUAUGUACGUAUGUAUGUUUUUUAUUUUAAUCUACAUUAAUUUGCCAUGUUUCCAGACUACACAUUCUAGUAGUGAUGGAUGUAAAAUCUGCCAAUAUCAGAAUCGACAAACUCAUACACUCCCGCUGUGAUAUCAUCGCUGUGAUAGUCCUGCAGUUUACAUCCUCACACAUAUAUGUGAAUGCACACGUAUGCAGUAGUCCAACAUGCAGUAUUACUGACAGAACAGAUUCAACCUCAGUUUUGCACGACUCCAUAACCAGUGUUGAAAAUGUCAUUUGAUCAGUUUGCUCAGCUCUUUGGUCUUUGUCUUUUACAUUGUAGUGACAUAAGUAGUUGUCGUUUUUUUUUUUUCAUUUUUACAUUUUGUUUAUACUUUUUUUUUUAAUGGUGAAAGCUGGUAACCAUUGCAUUGAGAUGUGUGUGAAUGUUUGAAGAUGUUCAGUUCGUCCUUUGAGGAGAUGUAGCAGGAGCUGUCUAGCACCUGUUUGACUAAUGGAUCGAUUUUGGUUUCAAAAAUACUGAAUGGUUCUGCACAAUAAAAGACAU